AUGGCGGCAUCUCUGUUCACAUACUCCUCAACCUCUCGAAGAGUCGUUCCUGCCCCAAACUCUCCUCCACUUCCAAUUCACAUCAAGGCAACCAAUGUCGUCUUCAACCCUGACAUUCCAGAGGUUCAUCGAGGUCUUGGACUCGAUGAUUUCGUCAAUUUCUUGGCUUCUUGCCGCCUUCGAUAUGCAAUCAGUGAUGUACCGUCCGAGUUCUUCCCUGAACAAGUAUGUGAGUUUUACUAUACUGCAACAGUUAAUGAAGAAAACAAUGCCAUCACCGGAACCAUUGGUCAUGGCAGACACUCUGUCUUCAUCACCGCAGAACUACUCAGUGCUGCUUUAAGGUUACCAAUUUUCGAACCCUUUUCUGAACCUCCAACUAUUGAAAAUGUAAACGAAUAUUUGAUCAACUGGGCUAUGAUCAUUCAAAGGCUGGUACUCGAUCAGCUCUUAUUUUGCGUCAGUGCAUGA